AUGACGGAUCACGACCAAACACCUUCACCACGGCGCCCCAGUCUCUUCAGUCUAUAUACUGUGCCCCGACUCGAAGCACAAAAGUCCGCUGCAGUCGAUGAAGGCAAAGGCCGCCUUGAAACGAUAUUCGAACGUCACGAAGAAGAAUCCUCACGUAGAUCCUCCGCGCCCACGCCCGAGUCGAUGUCUCCAGACGAGCAGAUGCGCGAUCUUACUCUGGACAAUGACCGUUCAGAGGAAAAGAUGGAGAUUGAUCAACAAGAGGCAGACAAUAGCAUGGAGGUUGACAACCCAGUCCCCUCGAAUUCUGUCACAGACCAGCCUUGGCUAUCUUCGAUGCAGAUCGAUAUCCACGAGAGAGAUCUCGCUGAUGAACAGAAGAGCGUGAGCCACGACGCCAUGGACACGUCUCCAGAUCAACAUUGGCAACAAUGA